UUGAAAGACCUCCAAUUUGGAUCAUGAGACAAGCUGGGCGUUAUUUGCCAGAGUACCACGAAGUCAAGGGCAAAAGAGACUUUUUUGAAACAUGUCGCGAUGCAGAGAUUGCGUCUACCAUCACGAUUCAACCGGUUGACCACUUUGAAGGAUUAAUCGAUGCUGCUAUUAUUUUCAGUGAUAUUUUGGUUAUUCCUCAAGCUAUGGGAUUUGAAAUCAAUAUGGUCGAAGGUAAGGGACCGGUAUUUGUUGAUCCACUAAGAAGCCCGGAAGAUCUUUCCAGAGUUAAUUUUAAACCGGAUAUUUUGAAGAGUUUAGAUUGGGCUUUCAAAUCUAUUACUUUAACCAGAACAAAACUUAAUGGCCGUGUUCCUUUACUAGGGUUCGUUGGUGCUCCAUGGACUUUAUUGGUUUACAUGACUGAAGGCCAAGGGUCCAAAAUGUUCAGAUAUGCUAAAGAAUGGAUUUAUAAUUAUACAAAAGAAUCCCAUGAAUUAUUACAAGCUAUAACUGAUGCUUGUAUUGAAUUUUUAGCUCAACAAGUAGUUGCUGGGGCCCAAAUGCUUCAAGUUUUCGAAUCCUGGGCUGGUGAAUUAGGUCCUUUCGAGUUUAAUGAAUUCUCUUUACCAUAUUUACGCCAAAUUGCUCAAAAAUUACCACAAAGAUUAUCUGAAUUGGGAGUUAAAGAAUCAAUUCCUCUUACAGUUUUUGCUAAAGGUGCCUGGUACGCCUUAGACGAUUUGUGUGAAUCUGGUUAUGACACUGUUUCCUUGGACUGGUUGUAUAAACCAGAAGAUGCCGUCAAGGUUGUUAACGGUAGAAGAAUCACUUUACAAGGUAACUUGGAUCCCGGUACCAUUUAUGGUUCCGAUGAAGUUAUUUCCCAAAAAGUUGAACAAAUGAUCAAAGGUUUCGGAGGUGGUAAACAGAACUACAUCAUUAACUUUGGUCAUGGUACCCAUCCAUUCAUGAAACCUGAAAAAAUUGAACAUUUCUUGAAAGAAUGCCAUAAAUUUGGGUCCCAAUAGUUUUUUUUUGAUAGCAAAUGAAAAUGUAUAUAUAGUAUCCACCUUUCUCUUUUACUCUCACUAUCACUUUGCCUUCCUCUUUUCAUGACUUUUUCUAAUGACG